GUGAUACCUGUCGCUCCGAGAAAAUCUAUAUAAAAGUGUACUGUGUUCAUAAUUUCUUCUUUAUUUGUUGUCCAAAGGUGCUACCGAAAAGAGUGCUGCUGUUGCGACAACAAAUCUAGGGGAAACAACAGUCCACGAAAAGCGAGCUGCUUUGCUGUGAAACUUGGCCAUCGGGCAUCAAAAUAAGUUAAUCGUUAUCGACAAGCAGAAGUGCCCAAACGCUCGACCAGUUGAAGAAGCUAUCGCAGUUCGCGUGACAAUUCCUCUCGCUCCAAGUUCUUCCUGAAAUUGUGCAAACGAGCUACCACUAGCUAACUAAACGCGAUGCACUACCGAACGACGUCGAUAUGGAACCUGAUCGGUUGCCUGGCAGUCCUGGCCGGAACCUCCUGGGCAGCGUAUGAGAGACCCGCAUACGUGCUGCCCUGCCGACGGAGCGAUCCGGAGAUUAACAAAUGUAUCAAAAACUCGUUCAACUACAUCCGGCCGUACAUCGCCGGGGGGCUGGCCGAGCUGAAAACUCCCCCGCUGGAGCCUCUACGAAUCGACCAGCUGGCCAUGGAGAAUAACGCCGGAGCGGUGCGCAUCAAGGCCCUGUUCACCGAUAUUGUUGCGCUGGGAGCCGGAAACUACACCAUCAAGGACGUGCGCAGUGACGUGAAGAAGCUCCGGAUCGAUUUGAGCUUGGGCAUUCCCCGGGUGGAAACCCGUGGCAAGUACGAGGUCAUCGGAAAUGUGCUGCUGCUGCCGGUGCGGUCCAACGGAGAGUUCUGGACUGAGUUCUCUGACAUCAGCGCCAUUGCGAAGAUCUACGGCAAACCACUGGAGCGUGAUGGAGAAACCUUCAUGAGCGUCGAGAAGAUGCUGGUCGACUUCACCAUGAAGAACGCCCGCUUCAAGGUCAAGGACAACGUCAACACCCAGAAUGUGCUAGGCGAAGCCAUCAACCAGUUCCUGAACCAAAACGCCAACGAGCUGAUCCAGGAGAUGAGACCAGCUGCUUCCCAGAGUAUCGCCAAGCUGUUCCGCAGGUUCCUGAAUGACGCCUUCAGUAACAUCCCGAUGCGGUUGUGGCUGCUGGAGAACUAAAACCGCCGAAGUUGAUGUGAAUGUGAGCGCGUGCAAGUGAAUGAGAUCCUGGAAUCAUCGUUGAAUGUCUGUGUCUGUUGUGAGUAGAUAAUAAGCGCUUCUGCCUAGUUCUGCUAAGUGAUAUUGAUAGGACGUAGUGAGAGGAACUCUUUUUUCUACAUAGUUGGUCAAUAAUAGCGUCAAUUUUGGAGAAAAGACAAAAAUGAUCAGAAGAACUUUCCGAAAGUCGACCAAACCGACAAACAAGUUAUUAUUUAUUGAAGAUGUAGUAGAAUUGUUGAAAAAUGUAUAUUUUCUGUUGAAAGUUCGUGUUUCCUAGUCGUACGCCGCCUCUCGGUAUUGGCUGUGAGAGGUUUCCCGCGGAGCGACGAAGAAACGACAGAAACGUACAAAAUCUUAUUGCGAAAUACGAUCGUUUAGUUUGUAAGCCACAUAUGAUUGUAAAUAUGACUAAAAGUAUUUUAUCGUGUAGUUUUAUUUUUAUACAAAAAACGCAAAAUCAACACGAGAAAAACAGAAAUAAAAAUCAUACACGAAUUGAA